UUAAAUGUGCCAUUUUGAAGUUGUUCCUCAGCUGGUGCGGUGAAAGUAUAUGACAAAGCGGCAAGCAUGGGUAAGGGGCGUUCAGUUUAGCGACCACCACAAACGGGAAUUAGAUAACAAACAACAGGAAUCACGUAGCAGUAGAACUUAUUGCUGUCAGCUGCUUUGGGACCCAGGAGGACGAUGAGCUGACUCUCCAGAUUGGGGAUAUCAUAAAGAAUUCAAAGUGCAUGAAAGAGGAAGGCUGGUGGGAAGGAGAGAAAAAUGGGAAAAGGGGUCGUUUCCCAAGAAUAUUUGUUGAGGAAGUGCCAUCUCACACCGUUGAAUCUGGACACCACAUACAGCCUCGUUCUGUCCGCAGAAAGAAAGCGGUGAAGAAGAGGAAGCAGAGAUGGUGCGAGGUGAUCAUCUCAUACAGCCCUGUGAAAUCAGAAGAGCUGGAGCUCAAAUUGGGAGACUUCAUAGAGAUCCUCGAUGAGAUUGAAGAUGGCUGGUGGGUAGGAAGAAAGAAUGGAAAAACUGGGAGCUUCCCAUCUAAUUUUGUCAUGGAAAUGGACAACACUGAAGGGAAGUUUCAGGGCCCAAUUACCAAGUCAGCUUUCAGUUUCCAGAAUCAAGGUGAACCAGGCUCAGACCUCCAGGACUCAACUUUUAGAUCAACACAUCCCAAUAAAGACCUUGGGGACCCUGGAGUUGGUAGACAGCAGGCAGGCAAGGAAUACUGUAAGGCAGUAUUUGACUAUCUUGCAAGCUCAGAAGAUGAACUCAGUCUGCACAUAGGAGAUGUCAUCCUAGUAUUAGAGAAGGAGACAGGAGAAUAUGGCUGGUGGGAAGGAUAUGUGGACGGAAACCAGGGGCUAUUCCCAGACAACUACGUGAUCCCUUACCGAGAAGAUACAGAGGUGAAAAGGGGGCUUCCUCCAAGAGUCAGGACAGAUGUAGAUGUCUCUUCUAAACCUGACACUAUGGCAACAGCAAAGACCCCGGAGCAGUUCAUUCGGAAAGUUGACCACAAAGAUGAGAAGAAUGAGCCCAAGAGCGAAUGGUCAGAACCUGCAGUCAAACCCAACAUGCUGCCUCCCAGAAAGGUGCCACCUCCUGUAAAAGUGAAGCCAGCGUUGGGUAACCUGCCGAAUAAAGCUAGUGGAGAGCAAGCUGUCCCUCCUCAGGAGCAGUGUAAACCAGCCAUAGACUUGACCAGUGAUUCAGACUCGGUCACCUUUGACACACUCACUGGAUCAACAGAGAGGCUGAAGCACCCAACAACAGACAGGCCCAAACCCAAGGGACGCAGGCCACCCUCUCAGUUUGUUGCUUCACCUGCCCAGGAUGUCAAGAGGUCACCACGCCCAACAGCAACAGUGAAGCUAACUGCUCUAACCACCCAGCUGUCUGAGCCGCCCCCAUGGAAAAAGCUCCACUCGACUGCUGUCAAACCAGGCACAGUCUUGCCUAAUUCAUCAAACAAACUACAGAGAGAGGCGGAGAGGGAGGACAAGGCCACAUCACUUGUGGAGCUGAGAGCAGAUGUGCGAAGUCUGCAGCUAAACUUGGAUCUACUGAAGAAUCUGCAUUUGAGAGAUAUAACUGAUUUAAAGGAAGAGAUAGCAGAGGAGCGGACCAAACGGAAUGCGCUGCAGGUGGAAGUCGAGAAACUGAAAAAAUCCCUAAUGAACCUAUGAAAGCACUAAGUUCGAACUUUCUCUCCUACCCCUUAAUUCCUGGCCCCAGUCUGUGGCCCACCCUCUGUGAAGAUAAAAUUCAAACAGACAUUGUCCUGAUCUCGGAUCAGUUUGGAGUUUUACAAAUUUAAAGCUGAUUCCUGACACCGUAGGAUUGUUACGGGUUUUGUUCAGUGUGCGUCGUACAUGCCGACGGUGGAGGUCCAAGGAUUCUCAGGGAUCCUGUAUCAGCGGUCGAGACGCGGAGUCAGCCAGACAGAAACCCAUCAGCUUCAAAUAAAGAACUUGAAUUUA